UAACAACCUAGCAAAAAAGCACCCAAAGCAGGCGGGGGUUCAAUUCACCAAAUUCCCGCCACAGUCGCGUGAAGCUUCUACAGCAAUCCUAACCCAAAUCCAUCUUUAUUCCUCUGAGUAAACCUCCUCUAUAGUCUCUUCUCCCAAAACCCAUAGCAAAAUUAAACCCACUGAACACUUACCACCGCUAGAAUCAAACGAAUCAGUACUCUCUGGUGCUGAAAUGGAGAGAAGGAGAGGUAUUAGAAGCCGACAAACCACUAAUAUCAGUGAUACUUCAGUGAAUAACAAUGGUGUUUGCAGUUCCGAAACUGGUGUUAUGAGGAAGCCAUUGUCGGACGUCAUCAACAACCUCGACAUCAUUCCUACUCAAACUCUUCGCAAGAUAGUAUGUUCGAAUACCAUCUCCCCUUCCGAAGCCCAAUCUAUCUUGCGCAAAUCCCAGGUCCUGAACCCUCGAUUUCCUCAAUUUCCCCCAAUUCCCAAAGCCCAUGUCGUCCCCGACUCCGAUUCCAGGUCCGCCACCAGCAUCGGCUCCUCCAAUUUCAACCCUGCUCCAAUUACUCAACCCAAACAGCCAGUCCCAGUUACCCGUCCUCCUUCCUCUUCAAAGGGUCUCAAACCAACUGGUGAUAAGGUUAAGGAAACCAUAAUAUUCAGUCAUGCAAGGUCUGUGGAGAAUCUUAAGGGACUAGGGAAGACUGACGUUUCUCCCCAUAAUGCCAUGGUUUCUGAAAAGAUGAAGGGCCAAGGAAAAACAACUUCCAUUUUCACCCCUUCUGAAAAGGCGAAGGAUAAAGGGAAGGGCAUUUCCGUACCAUCUGAUUCCACCCCUGCUGUGAAUGAAAGGGAUAAACCUCCUGAGAAGGCCAAGGAUAAAGGGAAGGGCAUUGCCUCACAGUUUUAUUCCACUCCUACUGGGAAUGUAAGGGAUAGACCUCCUGAGAAGUUAAAGGAUAAGGGGAAGGGUAUUGCCAUGCUGUUGGAUUCUGUUCCUGCUAGGAACGUAAGGAGUAGACCUCCAGAGAAUGCAAAGGAUAAAGGGAAGGGUAUUGCCACGCUGCUUGAUUCAGUUCCUUCUAGGAAUGUAAGGAGCAGGCCGCCGGAGAAUGCAAAGGAUAAAGGGAAGGGCAUUGCCACCACUUUUGAUUCUGGUCCUACUGGGAACGUGAGGGAUAAACAGGAAAGAAGUUCUGUGCAUUUCAGUUCUCCAAUUGUUGAGAGAACAUUUGACAAAGGGAAAUCAGUUUAUGUGCCUUGCAUCUCAACUGUGGGAGUGAAGAGAAAAGAUAAAGGAAAGGCAAUUGCUAAUGAAGUACUUGAAGAUGUAGAAGAAUCUACUCCAUUGAUUGCAUACUCCCGGUCAUCAAGAAAAACAAAGGAAAACAGAAGAGAAGAUACUGUUGUCCACAGUUGUCCUCCUCGAGUGCUGGAAACAAGAAACAUAGGGAAAGAACUUGAGCAACAUGGGGAGAGCAAAUCAAAGUCUUGGACAGAUCCACGUCCAAAGGCAAAAAAGAGGAAGUACACAAAGCAACAACCUGUUUCUGACUGGUCCUUACCGGAAGAUUUUGUUAAGGCGCAGAAUGCAUAUUUUGCAGAGAUCGAUGCCUUUGAACUUCCGGUGGAGUCAGCAUCAGAUUCGGAUUAAGAAGAGGAAGAAUGACCCCAGAUUUCUCCUGUAUAGUCAUGCAUAACAUCAAAUGGUAUGAAGCUCUGACCAAUAGCUUGUGAAUUUUGUUAACAGUAGUUGAUCUGUGUAGAGUUAGCCACAUGAUGUGUAUCGGUGUAGUAGUUAUAGAAUCACAGGGGAAGGUUCCCCAAAUUAAAGUAAUAUGUGUUGCAGCUAAUCAGGAAAUAACUUUUUGGCUGUUGAACUGGCACUGUAAUCGAUAUUAGUGAAGAUGUUUUAUCUAAAUAUUUGCGUUCCCUGCUCUGCUGAAUCAUAAAUCAUAACCAGGCAGAACGCCGUGGCUAUUAGGAGAGUUGAAGCAUCUCAAUAAUGAAUUCUGUCACAUGGAUUGGUAGGGUAUCCUUAAUUAGUGAACAGC